GCCAUGGAACCCGUGCCAUCGGAACUGAAGGCAGCAGCUCCUUGCUUCCCAUCCGGACAGCCUACCGGUGCACCGACCCAGGCCGGAAAUGGUCUGCCCGCAACCUUGCUGUCGCCUCACGCAAAGGCGUGGUGAAGGCUGGCGGUCGGCCCCGAUGGGCAGUUGAGGAGAAUUCACAGCAUCUUUAGGGUCCUUCUUGAGGCCGGCGAGGACGUAGAGGGCGCCAAAAAGGACUCAGGGCGAUUCUCAGCUCCCGGCGCUAUGGCUCACGUCGGCUCUCGCAAGCGCUCGAGAAGCCGCAGCCGGUCCCGAGGACGAGGGUCAGAAAAGAGGAGAAAGAAAGGCAUUAAGGACGCUUGGAGAAACUGCACGGCUUCUGGAUCCCAAGGUCGCAGGGCCAGCACUGCCUCGGGGCCGGAGGCCUCACCUUCUCCCUGCAUCACAGAGAGAAGCAAGCACAAGCCCCGGAGGAGACCGCGAUCCAGCUCCUCCUCCUCUUCUUCCAGUUCUUCUAGCUCCUCUUCUUUCUCCUCGUCCUCCUCCUCUUCCUCCAGCGAUGGCCGGAAAAAGCGGGGGAAACACAAGGACAAGAAGAGGAAAAAGAAGAAAAAAAAGAAAAAGAAGUUGAAGAAGAAAAGCAAGGAGAAGAUGGAGGUUCAGCAGGCCGAGGCUCUGCCUGGCCCCUCGCUGGACCAGUGGCACAGAUCAGCUGGGGAGGAAGACAGUGGCCCAGUCCUGACAGACGAGCAGAAGUCCCGCAUCCAGGCCAUGAAGCCCAUGACCAAGGAGGAGUGGGAUGCACGGCAGAGUGUCAUCCGGAGGGUGGUGGACCCCGAGACGGGACGCACCAGGCUCAUUAAGGGAGACGGGGAGGUCUUGGAGGAAAUUGUAACCAAAGAACGCCACAGAGAGAUCAAUAAGCAAGCCACCCGUGGGGACGGCCUGGCAUUCCAGAUGCGAGCGGGCCUGCUUCCCUGAGGCCCCACUGGCUGUGGCCUGGAGAUGGCUGUGGGCAGAGGCAGGAGCUGGUAGCCUCUGGCAGGUCCCUGGCCUCCUUGGUGCCUGUGUCUGGAAGAGUGCCCGGGCCUGGCAUUAAAUGUCACUUGGCCACAGAC